AUGUGGAUUAUGGCAAAGAUUGUAACACAAAAUGGAAAAGUGCAAAUUAAUGGUACCAGUGGAGUUGGAGUGGCUAUGGGAUUCUAUUACUAUAUUAAAUAUUACUGUGGUGGUCAGUUUACAUGGGCUGGUCAACAAAUUAAUUUACCAACACCAUUACCAGUAGUACCAUCACCAGGUAUCACUAAAACUUCAAAUGAUAGGUUUCGGUACUAUCAGAAUGUAUGUACAGUGAGUUAUAGUUUAGUUUGGUUAAACUGGACGAGAUGGGAGAGACAUAUAGAUUGGAUGGCUUUACAGGGUAUAAACCUACCAUUAGCUUUUACAGGCCAGGAGGCCAUCUUUCAAAGGUCUUCGGUAUAUAAUUGUGAUGAUGGGCAUGGUGACUUUGAUAUUGUAUUAUUAACCAGACGACCUGGUAUUGGUAAACCUCGAAUAUGGUACAGUCCUAAAUAUCUGUAUCAAGCGUGGGACUUAAUGGUAAAAGCUUCACCAAAUUUUAAUAACAGUGAUCUAUUUAGAUAUGAUCUAGUAGACAUUACUAGAAACAGUUUACAAGUAAUAUCAAUGAAGAUGUAUUCUGAUAUUCUAAUGGCAUACAGUAUGAAAAACUCUACACAAUUAAAACAAGCUGGCGAUAGAUUCAUUAUAUUACUAUCACAAUUAGAAAAGUUGUUAGCAUCAGAUAGACACUUUCUGCUAGCUAAUUGGUUAGAUGAUAGUAAACAAUGGGGAAGUAAUAGUAACCAAUCUAGAUUAUAUGAAUACAAUGCUAGGAACCAAAUUACAUUGUGGGGGCCCAAUGGAGAGAUAGUAGAUUAUGCUUCUAAACAAUGGGCAGGCUUGUUUGCAGAUUUUUAUCAACCAAGAUGGCAGUUGUUUAUAGAUACUUUAAUGAAUUGUGUUCAAACGGGGAAAUCAUUUAAUGGUCAGGCUUUUAAUGCUGAUGUAUUGGAAAAAGUAGAGAAACCAUUCACAUUUUCAAAUAAAGUUUAUUCUGGAAAUCCAGUAGGUGAUUCGAUGGCAAUCGUAAAAACUUUACACGAUUUCUACAGACCUCAAACUAUACAAGAUGAACUAUUUUAUACUAAUCUAUCGAGAUGGUCCAGAAAAAAUAAAUAUUUCAUGAAGAACGUUAAAAGAUGGAAUAGAAAACAGUAUUAUAAAAAGAAACUGAGAACACACAAUAGAUAUGUCAUUCAAAUGAACGUAUAA